AUGGCAUCUUUCACUGCAGAAUGGGUCACAGACCCUUGGAGACGCCUGAAAUGGGGGUUCAUCCCAACUCGCAGAGUGGUAGACGACGUCAUAGAGAAAGUGGGUGAGCAGGACACAGAGAAGGAAACGCUGGAGGAAAAGAACACACUUGAAGAAUCGCUGAAGGAUAAGGACUCGGAAGUCAUCGUGGAGCAACACAGCAGAGCAAACGUUAUUAGCACAGAAGAACCAAAAGAGCUCGAGUACCGAGACGAGGCGAACCGCCGGUGGUGGUCGUUUUUCAACGAGCAGGAGUACCGUGUCAACGAAGCCAAAGCGCAACAAAGCAAGUGGUGGCAAUGGUUCGGCAACGACGUGUCUCCACAGGAAAAGAAACUGCUUUUGAAGCUUGAUAUUUUGCUGGCUUUCUACUCGUGCAUGGCCUACUGGGUCAAGUACCUGGAUUUCUCGAACCUCAACAACGCCUACGUCUCGGGCCUGCGCGAAGAGCUGAACUUUAAGGGCAACGAUCUCGUCAACACACAAGUCAUGUUUACCAUCGGUAACAUUGUGUUCCAGCUGCCAUUUGUGUUUUUCUUGAACAAGGUGCCCUUGAACUUUGUACUUCCUGCGCUUGAUAUUUGCUGGUCAGUCCUCACUAUCGGCUGUGCCAAGGUUGACACUGUGAACCAUUUGAAGGCAAUUCGUUUCUUCAUUGGUGUCUUUGAAGCGCCCUCGUACCUAGCCUACCAGUAUCUGUUUGGCUCGUUCUACAAGCAUGACGAAAUGGUUCGUCGUUCAGCGUUUUACUACUUUGGUCAGUACGCGGGCAUUUUGUCGGCUGGUGGUAUCCAAUCUGCUGUUUACUCAGCUUUGGAUGGCAAACACGGCCUUUCCGGGUGGAGAUGGAAUUUCAUCAUCGAUGGUUUAAUUUCCGUUGUUGUUGGUGUAAUCGGCAUCUACGCCCUGCCUGGUGACCCUCACAACUGUUACUCUAUAUUUUUAACCGACGAUGAAAUCAGACUUGCCCGUAAAAGACUGAGCGAGAAUAAUACCGAAAAGUCGGAUUUUUCUUCCAAAGUCUUCGACAAGAAGGUUUGGAUACGCAUCUUCUCCGAUUGGAAAAUUUACGCGCUCACCUUGUGGAACAUCUUUUGCUGGAACAACAAUAAUGGCUCCUCGGGCGCUUAUUUACUAUGGUUGAAAUCUCUCCAGAAAUACUCUAUUCCAGAAGUCAACAAACUCAGUAUGAUUACGCCAGCGCUGGGCAUGAUCUACUUGUUGGGAACAAGUUUAUUUGCCGAUAAAUUACACAGCAGAUGGGGCGCAAUAAUAUUAACACAGGUGUUCAAUUUCAUUGGUAACGUCAUUUUAGCAGCAUGGAACGUACCCGAAGGUGCCAAAUGGUUUGCGUAUAUGCUGCAAUACUUCGGAUGGGCUAUGGCACCAGUAUUGUAUUCUUGGCAAAACGAUAUUUGUCGCCGCGACUCUCAAGCCAGGUCAGUGAUUUUGGUCAUAAUGAACAUGCUAGCACAAACUACAACAGCAUUCAUGUCCGUUCUAGUAUGGAAAACCUCCGAAGCUCCAAGAUUUUUGAAAGGUUACACCUGGACUGCGGUAUCCGCUUUCUGUCUCUCGGUUUGGACUUUGCUCGUGCUUUGGCUGUACAAACGUGAGGAAAAACAGAACGCUAGAGAUAACGGCAUCGUACUGUACAACUCUAAGAAAGGUGAAGAACCGCUGCCGGUGGAGAAAGAGGAUGCUUAA